CUAAAUUAUACAUACAGUCUGGUGUACACGAAAGCCUUUCACUGCUGGCAAGGACUUAUGUGAACAGCGAGUAACUAAUUUUGUACCAGUGAUGGUACAUACCGUGUAGGCGAGUGAUAACACUAUCCGUAAGCACACUCUCUCUGUCUACAGCAACGAUGGAUCUAGACCUCGAGUUAGAUGUAGAUGAUCAAGGUGGCGAGGAUGGUGGCGAGGAUGAUGUACACGAAGACGAUAGUCUGGACAUACCGGCUUCGCUGGAGGAUCGCAAAGUCAGGGCUAAUCGGCUCAAAGCGGCUGUUCUUUGGACUGUGGGUAACAUCUGCGACGAAGAGGCCAAUGAACGAUCGGUGACGUUCAGUAGAGAGUUUGUUGCGGUGCUGGCGCUGCUGACCUUUGAGCACGCAGAAACGAUCGCCGGUGAUCUUGAGGCCUUUAGUAGGCAUGCCAAACGGAACACCGUCAAUGGAGACGAUGUACUGCUGCAAAUGCGAAACUCGCCGGAGAUCAAACAGCACCUCAGCGCAAUGCUGGAGACUAUCAUGACUGAGAAGAAAUCCGCGAUACAGAAGAGGAAGAAUAAGCCGCCUACUUGAUGCAUGUAUGCAUAUCAGCCUAUGCUGAAGUACCAGGAUUGCCACGAUUUGGCAAAUCUGCAGAUUUGGAGAACGUUCAUUCAAUCCAACGCAUUGGAUAAGGAGAGGAUGGUCCUGAACUCCCAGCAGCAUUAUCAUACAUAGUGAUUGUGUGCUUAACCUCAUACCAAGUAAAGCCCAAAAUCAUGAAUGUUCAUAUACAUGUCAAGGUGUAGGGGUCCAAAAUGUCAAUAGCUGAAGUGAACUCCAUCUCCUACUUGCAUGAGCAUCGCAAGUCUCCCAGAGCGGAGCAUUAUUCCGUAUUACGGGUCGAUGAGG